UAACCGGAUAUAGCGUCUCGUUUGACCUUCCUUUUUUGCUCCAGUUACGUUUGACAUGAUUUUCGGACUUUAUCCGCGGUGAAAUUCUUCCCGAUGGGAGCGUAAAAUGCAAAUUCUCAUUUUGUAAAUGGUAUCGCCGUGCAGGGUAAACCAAGGGAACAAUGGUGAAAUAUUUCUGCUGUGCAGGUCUGCUAAAAAACACCUGGGACCAAGUCUGUGUUGCUUUCUGGCAACGAUAUCCCAACCCUUACAGUAACCAUGUCUUGACUGAAGAUAUAAUUUUCCGAGAGGUUACCCCAACCAACUGCCUCAUUUCCAGGCGUCUUUUGACCAAAACUAGCCGUGCCCCUCGCUGGAUGGAGCGCUACCUUCCAAAGCACAUGGCCAGCUCGGCGUACAUCAUCGAGGACUCCAUCGUGGACCCUCAGAAAAGGACCAUGACCACGCUCACGUGGAACAUCAGCCACGCUCGCCUAAUGUCUGUAGAAGAGCGGUGUCACUACAGAAUUAACCCUGAGAAUGGCAGCUGGACCGAGAUUAAGAGAGAAGCUUGGGUCUCCUCCAAUGUCUACGGGCUCUCUAGAGCUAUUCAGGAAUUUGGGCUCGCAAGAUUCAAGACCGGUGUGACAAAAACCAUGAAAGGCUUCGAGUAUGUGCUUGCCAAAAUGCAAGGUGAAACUCCAUCGAGAACUUUAGCGGAGACGGCUACAGAGAGGGCGAGAGAGACGGCGCUGGCUGCUAAAGAGAAAGCCAAAGACCUCGCCUCGCAUGCCCAGAAGAAGCAAUACGUGUGACAAGCUACACAAAUAAAGUGAUUCUGCAGCAGAACUCACCGAUCCCAGUCAUGGUUAGACACCUCUGUGAGGGCGCAUCCAACUGAAAUGGUGGGUGGACCAUAAAAGACCUGAGCUGGGUUAAACAGCCUGUUCCUGCCUCCCUCUACAUGCCGCACUAUAAAUGUAUUGCCGAGCGUAUCUACGCCACAUCACCUCAGUAUUUACCAGAGAUGCAGGUCUUAGACAGGAAUGGUUGGUUAUUACUGGCGCUGCCAUAAAAUGAUUGAAGCUGUUGUUCGACCUUUGCACCAGUCGUGCCCAUUGUCUUGUUUUUUUGUUUGUUUUUUUUAAACUCCGUUCCUUUGAGUAUGCCUCGUCUAAAGCAAGUCACGUUGUCUUUAAAGCUCCAGUAGAUAAGGUCACACCGAAUUUGUGAUUAAGGCAUUCUCGUUUAUGAUUGGUUUUAUUUAAUCUUGCAUACAGUUGCUGGUUUAGUUCGCUCUACAACACUUAAAUCGCAUUACUGCAGCUGAUCAUCUCCUUGCCUCAAGUUGGACUGAAGAGUUUGGUACAGUUGGUGUCAUUGCUCAAGAAGAAACCUCUGAAAACUUGAAUUGUGAUUGUGCAUUUAAAAAAAAAAAAAAAGGCACAAAAGCUACCUUGAACUGUACAUUCAUCUAAGCUCUGGUGAUGCAACCCAUGAAAAAAUGUGUCCUUUAUCAGCUUGUCAAUAAAUUGACUUUGUCUUUCUAAUCACUUU